AUGGCCACCUACCUUAUCACGCAAGCCACCGGCCAGCAAAGCCUCUGGGCUAUCUUGUACCUGCUUGAGUCUGGUGCCAAGAUACACGGCUUGGUACGCGACCUAGAGAAGGUUCCUUCAAACUUGCGGAACCCAAAUAUCACUCUCUUCCAAGGAGAGAGCAAGAACUUGGAAGAUGUCUUUCGAGCAGCUCAGGGCUGCAAUGGAGUCUUUCUCAACACCGUCCCCUACCCAGGACUAGAACUUCUACAGGCCAAGACUGUCGUCGAGGCCUGCGAGAAAGCAGGCGUGGACACAAUUGUUGCGGCAACAACCCACAACACGGGGAUGAAGGAGAUGUGGGACGAUGAUGCCACUAGGAAUAUUGGUCUGCACGACUAUUUCUCCUCGAAGGCUGCAGUUGAGGAUACUGUUCGGACAGGCAAAUUUCGAGCCUACACGAUUCUUCGACCGGCGGUAUUGCAUCAUGACUUCCAUCUUCCGGGGUCUCUUGGCAAUUUCCCCCGGCUUUCGACCCACGGUGUACUUGAUCAUCUCCUGGAAGACGGUGUAAAGCUUCCUUUCACGGACACGAGUGACGUUGGAAAGUACAUCGCCGCGGCCUUGCAAGACCCGGCUAAGUUCGGGGGCGAGGAGAUAGAUCUUGGAAACCAGUUACUCACCAUCGAAGAGGCCCAGGAUAUUCUCACCAAAAUCAGCGGCAGAGAAGUACAAGUGGCCAAGCGAACUUUGAAAGAGGUAGAAGAAAUGGGCAUCAGUGCUUUUGGUCAGCGCUUUCACCUGUUUGCCAACAUCAAGAACCUCAUUUGGGCACGCAACAACGCCAAAGAUGUUCAACGGAGAUUCGGGAUACCAUUCACUUCGGUCAGUGAGGCGCUGCAGAGAGACAGUGCGAAAGUCCUAGAAUGUUUGCCAGGCAAGCGUUCAGCCUAG